UUGGAUCACCAGUUUUCUGGCAUAUUGGAACAUCAAGAUUCUCAAAUUGAAAAAAACCGUUUUCAGUACCUAGAAGAUUGCAAUGCAGUGGACGAUAUGUAUGACAAGCUCAUGGAAACUGUCCAUGCGGUCGGAGCUAAGUUCUGUAAGACCCGCCGCAGACGAACAAAAAAACUCUCCGAUCACACUCUUAAUCUUAUGGCUGUUAGACGGUAA